GUCCCCGGCUCCCCGCCGGCGGCGCUAGUUGGGCGGUACUGUGCGCCGCAGGUUUUUUCUGUGCUCUUGACAGGCUGGUUGACUCCUGCCCGGUGGCGCCCAGUGGGGCGUUCUGGAGAAAGCCGAGCCGCGGGCAUGGCGCCGUUGCGUCCCGGGACCCUCGCGUGACGCCUCCGUCGCCCGGGGGGAUGUGGACUCUUUCGGGCCGGGGCUGGUGGCGCGGCCGCGCGCUCGCGGCGUGGGCCCCUGGGGCCGCUCAUCGGGGCCUUCUUGGGCCUCCCCGACCGACGACCCGCCAGGCUGCACCCGGGUCCAGGGCUCCGAACAGGCUCUCCAGCUCAGCAGAGCGCCAGGAAAAAAUUGACAUGUCUAGAUUCCCUGUUGAAAAUAUUAGAAAUUUCAGUAUCAUUGCACAUGUGGAUCAUGGCAAAAGUACUUUAGCUGACAGGCUCCUGGAACUAACAGGGACAAUUGAUAAAACAAAGAAUAAUAAGCAAGUUCUUGAUAAAUUGCAAGUGGAACGAGAAAGAGGAAUCACUGUUAAAGCACAGACAGCGUCUCUCUUCUAUAAUCAUGAAGGAAAGCAGUACCUUUUAAAUCUCAUUGAUACACCGGGCCAUGUUGAUUUCAGUUAUGAAGUAUCCAGGUCACUCUCUGCUUGCCAGGGUGUUUUACUUGUGGUUGAUGCAAAUGAGGGUAUUCAAGCCCAAACUGUAGCAAACUUCUUUCUUGCCUUUGAAGCACAGCUGUCAGUAAUUCCAGUUAUAAACAAGAUAGAUCUGAAGAAUGCUGAUCCUGAAAGGGUUGGAAAACAAAUUGAAAAGGUGUUUGAUAUUCCAAGUGAUGAAUGUAUUAAGAUUUCUGCUAAACUUGGAACAAAUGUUGAAAGUGUUCUUCAGGCGGUCAUCGAAAGAAUACCCCCUCCUAAAGUGCAUCGAAAAAAUCCCUUGAGAGCUUUGGUAUUUGACUCCACCUUUGACCAGUAUAGGGGUGUGAUAGCCAAUGUAGCGCUGUUUGAUGGAGUGGUUUCCAAAGGAGAUAAAGUUGUAUCUGCACAUACUCAAAAGACAUAUGAUGUUAAUGAAGUGGGAAUCCUGAAUCCUAAUGAGCAGCAAACUCAUAAACUAUAUGCAGGACAGGUGGGCUAUCUGAUUGCUGGGAUGAAAGAUGUCACUGAAGCACAAAUAGGAGACACAUUAUAUUUACAUAAACAACCAGUGGAGCCCUUGCCUGGGUUUAAAUCAGCGAAACCAAUGGUAUUUGCAGGAAUGUACCCUGUAGAUCAAUCUGAAUAUAAUAAUCUGAAGAGUGCUGUAGACAAACUGACUUUAAAUGAUUCCAGUGUGACAGUUCAUCGGGAUAGUAGCCUUGCCCUAGGUGCUGGCUGGAGGUUGGGAUUUCUUGGACUUCUGCAUAUGGAAGUUUUCAACCAGCGACUAGAGCAGGAAUAUAAUGCUUCUGUUAUCUUGACAACCCCUACUGUUCCAUAUAAAGCUGUUCUUUCAUCAGCAAAAUUGAUAAAGGAAUAUAGAGAAAAGGAAAUUACAAUCAUCAAUCCUGCACAAUUCCCUGAUAAGUCAAAAGUAACAGAAUAUUUGGAGCCAGUUGUUUUGGGCACCAUUAUCACACCAGAUGAAUAUACUGGAAAAAUAAUGAUGCUUUGCCAGGCUCGAAGGGCAGUUGAGAAGGAUAUGAUGUUUAUUGAUCAAAAUAGAGUUAUGCUUAAAUAUCUCUUCCCUUUGAAUGAAAUUGUGGUGGAUUUUUAUGAUUCACUGAAAUCCUUGUCUUCUGGAUAUGCUAGUUUUGAUUACGAAGAUGCUGGCUACCAGACUGCAGACCUUGUAAAAAUGGAUAUUCUACUGAACGGAAAUCUUGUAGAGGAGCUAGUAACUGUCGUACACAAAGAUAAAGCACACUCUGUUGGCAAAGCCAUAUGUGAACGUCUGAAGGAUUCUCUUCCUAGGCAGCUAUUUGAGAUAGCAGUUCAAGCUGCUGUCGGAAGUAAAAUCAUUGCAAGAGAAACUGUGAAAGCUUAUAGGAAAAAUGUUUUGGCAAAAUGUUAUGGCGGUGAUAUUACCCGAAAGAUGAAACUUUUGAGGAGACAAGCAGAAGGAAAGAAAAAACUCAGAAAAGUUGGCAACGUUGAAGUUCCAAAAGAUGCUUUUAUAAAAGUUCUGAAAAAACAAUCUGAUAAAUAAUUGGUGGGCAAAUAUAAGGAAUUUUCAUAAAUUAAAAACUGUGUAUCCUUUUUCUUAGUAGUUUGUUUUUUAGUAUAAUAUAUAAUUUAUAAUAUUAUUUAUAACAUGAAUGAAAAUUAUAAAAUUUGCUUGUUACUUUCAGGGUUUUCAGGUUUACAUAACCUAUUGGCUUUUCUUUGAAAGGAAGUAGUGGAUGGAUGAGAGCUUGGUUCUGAGGCCCUAUUUCCUGUUUCAAAUUUCUGUUCCACUACUUACUAGCAAGGUGAGCUUGGCCAAAUUACUUACACUCUCUAUUUACUAUUUAGUAAAAUCAGGAUUAUACUAUUACUUAUCUCCACAGGUUGUUGUGAAAUUAAAUGAGAUAUGUUUAAAAUAUUCAGAAGAGUGCAUGACACAUAAUAAGUGCUCACUGAAUUUUAACUAUUUUGUUUUCAUGCAUAUUUUUCUUACCAACACAGGCCCCAUACUUAAGAUUCUGCCUAGUUCAAGCCCAAAAUAAAGUAUUUUCAAAAUCA